AACAUGAGUGGACAUCAAAGAACAAGAUCCAGAUCUAGAGAAUGAAGAGAUGAUCAAGACUCUAAUCAUCCAGUAGGGGCUGUGGUUGCCCAGGAGCUGCCCAGUGAUGACCAGCUUCAACAAGAGGAACCACCAAUUGAAAGUCAGGAUUAUACACCUGGUCAAGAGAGAGACGAGGGAGCACUGGACUUCCAAGUGCUAGGCCUGGCAGCCUAUCUCUGGGAACUGACUCGGUCAAAGACUGGGGGUGAACGUGGAGAUGGUCCUAAUGUCAAGGGAGAAUUUCUGCCAAACCUGGAGCCUGUUAAAAUACCAGAAGCAGGUAAAGGGCAACCAUCGGUUUAAACGAAGACAAGCUGAAACCAUACAUGCAGUCUUUAUGUUGGAAACUUCACCAGUAAAAUUCUCUCAAUAAAGUUUCACAAUUGUCUGC